CUAGCCUGUAUCCAAGGAGACAGACAGACAGACAGAGGAGACAGACAGACAGCCUGAAAACUGGGACCACACAACCAUCACCAACACCACCACCAUCUCAGCACUGAUCUGGAAGAGGGUAACGCUAAACAAAGCUAGAUAUAGAAAGGAACAGCCACAUUGUAAGGAUCUGAGCUAAUCUCUGGUGAGGAACACAGACACAUUGGAAACAUGACCCUAGCAGCGUACAGAGACAAGUUGAAAGAGCUCCCCCUGGUGUCUCUGUUCUGCUCCUGCAUCAACCCUCAGACCAUCGACUGUAAGCCCAUAUAUAAAGCAGAAGAUGCGGUGGAUCUGGGCUGGUGUGUGAUAAAGGACGUAGAGGUGAUAGAGUUGAACAAGCGUGCGUCGGGCCAGGCCUUCGAGGUCAUCCUGAAGCCCCCGUCGUUCGAUGGCAUCCCAGAGCUCAACGCUACCAUGCCCCAACGCAGGGAACUCUCCAUGGAGGAGAUCCAGAAGAAACUAGAGGCUGCAGAGGAGAGGAGGAAGUGCCAGGAGGCUGAGCUGCUGAAGCACCUGGCAGAGAAGAGAGAGCACGAGAGAGAGGUGAUCCAGAAGGCCUUUGAGGAGAACAACAACUUCAUCAAGAACUCCAAGGAGAAGCUGGAGCAGAAGAUGGAGGCCAACAAGGAGAACAGAGAGGCUCUGCUGGCGGCCAUGUUGGAACGACUGCAGGAGAAGGACAAACAUGCAGAAGAGGUGAGGAAAAAGGUACUAGCUUUGGCAGACGCAGUGGAUCUGGGCUGGUGUGUGAUAAAGGACGUGGAGGUGAUAGAGUUAAACAAGCGUGCAUCGGGCCAGGCCUUCGAGGUCAUCCUAAAGCCCCCGUUGUUCGAUGGCGUCCCAGAGCUCAACGUUACCAUGCCCCAACGCAGGGAACUCUCCGUGGAGGAGAUCCAGAAGAAACUAGAGGAUGCAGAAGAGAGGAGGAAGUGCCAGGAGGCUGAGCUGAUGAAGCAUCUGGCAGAGAAGAGAGAGCACGAGAGAGAGGUGAUCCAGAAGGUCUUUGAGGACAACAACAACUUCAUCAAGAACGCCAAGGAGAAGCUGGAGCACAAAAUGGAGGCCAACAAAGAGAACAGAGAGGCUCUGCUGGCGGCCAUGUUGGAACGACUGCAGGAGAAGGACAAACACGCAUUAGAGGUGAGGAAGAAAAAAGAACUGAAGGAGGAGGCCUGCCGUUAGACGAGCGGAAAGAUAGAGGGAGAGAGAACAGAGGAGUGGUUUUGUGUCAUUAAAAAAAAACAAGAGAUCAAGACAAUGAGAAAAAAAAAAGGAAAAC